AAAUGAGAUACACGGAAAUUGAGAAAUUGGAUAGAGGAAAAUGAGAAAUCAAAACCGGGCGCACGGCUUGGACAUUGCCACAACUCCUCAAGUUACAACAGCCACAUAACUCGCGGGCUUAGAAUCUUAGCCGCUAAAACCAACUCUUAAAAUUAAAAAAAUCCCCUUUGCCUUUGGCAACUCCUCUUUCUUUGACUACCUGUUUUUUUUUUUUUUGUUAGUCAGGGUUUGAGAACUAUUCUUGAAGAAGUAAAAUGUGUUCUUCAUUUGCAGCAGUCUCACCUUCAGUGAGAACUAAGUUCUUAAACCCAAUCUCUAACACGUUUCCUGCUCCUUUCAGAAUCUAUCGUCAGCCAAGAAACAAAUGCGAGAUGAGCAGAAGGGGUUUUGCUUUAAAGGGAAUUGUGGCGUCUGGUGUCUCAGUCAUGGGCUCUUCCUUGACUAGUGAACCUGUUCAAGGAGUGGAGAGAUUACCAUUCAAGCCAGAGGGUUACAAUUUCUGGACAUGGCGUGGUCGGAAAAUACAUUAUGUAGUACAAGGAGAUGGGUUCCCAAUUGUUCUUAUUCACGGAUUUGGUGCUUCUGCCUUCCAUUGGAGGUAUAACAUACCUGAAUUGGCUAAAAGUUACAAAGUUUAUGCCAUAGACUUGCUAGGAUUUGGAUGGAGUGAGAAAGCAAUUAUUGAGUAUAAUGCAAUGAUAUGGGGAGAUCAAGUUGUUGAUUUUUUGAAGGAGAUAGUAAAAGAGCCAGCAGUUUUAAUUGGAAACAGUCUUGGAGGAUUUACUGCUUUGAUUGCAGCAGUGGGGUUGCCUGAACAAGUGGUUGGACUCACAUUACUGAAUUCUGCUGGACAAUUUGGAGACACAAAGGCUAAAACCACCAAAUCUGAGGAAACAUUCUUGCAGAAAUUUAUUCUAAAGCCAUUGAAGGAAAUUUUCCAGCGUGUAGUUCUUGGGAUUUUGUUCUGGCAAUCAAAGCAACCUACUCGUAUUGAAUCCGUCCUAAAAAAGUUGUAUAUCAAUACCUCCAAUGUGGACGAUUAUCUAGUGGAAUCCAUAAAAAUACCAGCAGAUGAUCCCAAUGCUGGAGAAGUGUACUAUAGGUUAAUGACACAGUUCAUGUUGAAUCAAUCUGAGUACACUCUGGACAGUUUCUUGAGCAAGCUAACUUGCCCACUGCUGUUACUUUGGGGUGACUUAGACCCUUGGGUGGGUCCUGCCAAGGCUAACCGAAUCAAAGGAUUCUACCCAAACACAACUCUUGUAAACUUACAGGCAGGGCACUGUCCACAUGAUGAAGUUCCAGAGCUUGUUAAUAAGGCUUUGGUGGACUGGUUGUCAACUCUGGCAGCAAAAGCUUCUCUCCAAACAGUGUGAAGAUGUCCAGUUUUAUGACAUUGUUGCUCAACAUGACUAUUGGUUUACUUGUAAUAUAACUGUAAAUCCAUUGGUCGAAGUAAAUUCUUGAAGCCACUAUAUUUUUCAUAUAUAUGCAAGAUAGUUGGUCAUUGUUUAUCACUAUUGGAUUCAUUUUUGUUCAGUGGCAGAAACAAAUUAUAGCAGACCACCAUAAGUUUUUCUAGUUAACAGUAAAGAGAAUGGAAUGCUUAUUUCCGAUAUAAUGUCAA